GCCGCAGGAACGCGGACAUCCGCGCGGCUCCGGUGCCUCUUUCGCUUCGCCCGCGGCGCUGGGGGGGGCGGCGCUGCUCGGGCCGAGCGGGGGACACGGGCUCUGCCCUGCGCAGCCCAACGCGGUGGUGCAAAUGUGGCUGCUCAGGGCAGCGGGCUGGAGCUCGGUGGCUGUGCUGGGAGUACUCGGGGUGGCUGCCUUCCUCCUGGUCCUGACCGCAGUGAAGGAUGCUGCCCUGCCUACAAGGAACAAAUACGGUCUGGUGUUUGACGCCGGCUCCACGCACACAGCUCUCUACAUCUACCGGUGGCCUGCGGACAAGGAGAAUGGCACUGGCAUCGUCUCCCAGGUGGAAGCCUGCACCGUGUCCGGUCCCGGCAUCUCCAGCUACGCAGACGACCCCGCUGGGGCUGGAGCCAGCCUGAAGCCCUGCCUGGACAAGGCCAUGAAGAUCAUCCCGGCAAAGCAGCAGCCGGAGACGCCCACCUACCUGGGGGCCACAGCGGGCAUGCGGCUGCUGAGGGUGCAGAACAGCACCAAGGCCGAGCAGGUCUUUGCUGAGGUUGCCAAGGUCAUUGGCGAGUACCCUGUGGACUUCCGCGGAGCUCAGAUCCUGACGGGCAACGAGGAGGGCUCCUUUGGUUGGGUCACCGUCAACUACCUUCUGGAGACCCUCGUCAAGCGGUCCUUCACAGGUACAUGGACCCACCUGCCAGCAGAAGAUGUGGUUGGAGCUCUGGACCUUGGUGGCGCUUCAGCCCAGAUCACGUUCCUUCCUGGGACCACCAUAGAUGAUGGCAGCACAAGAGCUCUCUUCAGGCUCUAUGGGACCAACUACUCCAUUUACACCCACAGUUACCUCUGUUACGGGCAGAUGCAGGCCCUGAAGCUGCUGCUGGCCUCCUUACACCAGGGCAGCCCGUCCCCCCAGCAGAUAUCACACCCCUGCUAUCCCAAGGGGUACCAGGAGAACAUCACCACGGCAGAGCUCUACGACAGUCCCUGUGUCCGUGCACCGAGCACACCCAGCCCUGCGCAGGUCCUCAUGGUGACGGGGACGGGCGACCCAGCAGCGUGCAGCUCGGCCAUCCAGAAACUCUUCAACUUCAGCUGUGGGGCCAACGGGACGUGUGGGUUCAACGGGGUUUAUCAGCCGCCCGUGUGGGGCCAAUUCUUCGCCUUCUCGGGGCUCUAUCACAGCCUUCACUUUCUGAACCUUACUGGAGGGCAGCCCCUCUCCUUGGUCAAUGCCACCAUAAGGCAGUUCUGCAACAGCACCUGGAAGGAGGUGCAGGAGGAGUUCCCCAUCGCUAACAGGACCCACCUGCGUGAUGCCUGUGCAGCCAGUUCCUACGCCCUCACCCUUCUCCUGCAAGGCUACAAAUUCGACAACAUGACAUGGCUUAACAUCCACUUCAUCCGGCAGGUCGCUGACGUAGACGUGGGCUGGACACUGGGCUACAUGCUCAACCUCACCAACAUGAUUCCCUCAGAGACUCCCCAGAGGGUUGUAGGGCUUCAGAGAAGUAACUGGGUAGCAGCCACAGUUUUACUGGCCGUUAUGCUUAUCCUCAUCUUCUGCCUGCUCACAGUCAUGUGCUGCUGGAAAAACUCCUCUGGUUAUGAGAGCCUCUAGCAGUAUUGGCCAAAGCCACUUAAUCCUCCUGAUGUGCUUGUACGAGGAGCUGCAAGAGUGGGGAAUCACCCCAACACGUCCAGGAGCUGUGAACUGGUCAUGGAGGGCACCUGUGUCCUGGCCUGGUGAGCUGGAACCAGCCCAGGCUUUAAAAUAUCCUCCCUGUCCCUGAGUGCUGUCUGGUUUUCUUUCCCCGUUGCUGCUGGUUGGAGAUGCUCUAGGAGAGAGGAUUUGGCCACGUGGGGCAGGGGCUCAGUGCUGGGGGCAUGGGGACCAAGGUGAUGUG